AUGGCAUCAUCAGAAUACCCUCGAGAUCCGUUGCAGGGAGAUGAUCCUUUCUUCCCGCUUAAUUGGGAGCAUGACAAGCAGGAUGAUAGUUAUAGGGUAGUUGGAGGGUAUCAAAGAAAUGAGUUGUUCCUCUUCACCACGAGGGAGCUGAAAGAUCUAGAUGCCGUUUGUGAUAGGCCGUUGAAGAAAAGUACUUUGACUCCGGGGAUUAUACCGCUUUUGAGGAGGGAUAGGUGGGAGGAUAGACCGAGCACGGCGUGGUUAAGGACUGAUAGUAUACCAAUUAGGGGUGAUCCCCAGGGUGGAAAAUGGCAAUCGAGUAACGAUAGAGUUUGGGACGUUCUAAAACCAAUAGUCACACUUGCGUCAAAAUAUAUAAUGUCCUCUAAGAAUUUACCAUGGCUCGAUGCGCUACUCCUAGGACCCCGCCGUCCCGUCGUCCAAGAUCGAUACCCCCCCGGCGCAAAAAUCCAAAAGGAGUUCCAUACCUUUCAUCCUCGCGAGGGCCCGUGGACCGCUGAACGCGAAAGGGAAGUUGAGACUGAGAGAGAGAGAGUUUUCAUUGGAUUGAUGAAUGAGAUGGAUUUUAUGUUUUCGUAUUUUUACAGUCAUCAGAAUGCGAGGGAUAAUGAUCCGCCUAAUCAUGAUCCUAAUUAUCCGGUUAAGAAGUGGGGUGAUCCUUUGGGUGUUACGACGGUUAAUGCUUGGGAGAUGGUGGUGAAGAAGGUACCGGGUGCUAAGGUAUGUGGUACUCAACGUCAUGUUUGCUUGUUUGAAGUUCUUUGCGUACUAUUCUUUGUACUGGACCAAAACUUAUCAUCUCAGUGGCGAGUUCAAACUUUUAUCAAUGUGCAAGCUUUGGAAGCCCUCUUCUUUGAUUCUGACGAUCUUUCAGAUUCCGAGGCCGCGGCUUUAAGAUUUCGUUGUGCUACUACUAUGCAUGGAGGAAUCGACAGCAAAAGACCCAGCAACCAUCGAAGUCGCCGUAUACUAACCCAAUUCGCCGAAGUACAAUUUCCCUCUUUCACCAGCAAAUCCCACGCUGCCUCGGGCCAGGCUGUUCUCAUUGAUCCCCCGAUACAAAACUGGAGCGAUUUUCAUCCCAUCGGCGUUCAAUUUCUAGAGGACGUGCAUAACCAAGACUUUUGGGAUUUAAUGGUUCGCAGCUUUGGGGGCCGGAUUUUGCAAUACCAAACCAUCAAGGAAGGGACGAGGAUAUUUUAUGAACCGGGAUCUUAUAGGCCCUUUACCAUUCUCAAGGGAGAUAGAUUAGAUCCUGUUUCACAUGAUCCGUAUGAGAAUGAUGAGGCGCUCAUGGUGAAUACUAUGCUGGAUGUGAAAGCGCGCAUGACGCAUACGCCAGCGGAGAAGAAACUUAUGGCAUUUGUGACGAAAAUAGCUGAAAGCGCGAAGACGGGCAAGGCAUUUUGGAAGGGAAUGGAAUCGCAGCUUCGGACUGUGAGGGAUAUUAUACAGGUUUUAGUUCAGAGGGAACGCGUGGAUUUAAUCGAGACGUUCUGGAAAAGGUUCGGAAGGAAGUUUAAGGAGGGAGAAUUGGGGAGGAAACUGAAUGUUUCGUAUAAUAUUCUGGAGAAAUGUCAAGCGUUGCUCUUUGUUCCAAGUCAGAAGGGCGUUGAGUCAAAUUAUCCUCUGGAACAGAAGGAGUUUGAUAUGUUGAUGGAAACGGCAACGACAAUACAUUUGCAAAAAGAUUUUGAGACAGGGAAACAGAUGUGUUUGAAAUUGCUUUCAGAUCGGUAUAUCGGAUCGUUUGUUAAAAGUGCGGCGAAAUUUCUGAUUGCCAGUUGUGAAGCAGAGAGUGCUGGAGAUGUGGACAAGUUGUCAUUGCCCCUCCGACAUAAAUGUUGGAAAGCAGCCGAGCAAGGCUUGGAAAGACUAAUUUGGUUGCACGAGGAAGUUACUCGGAGUUCGGAUGGGUGGCAGGCGGCGUUCGACGAUUAUAUUAAAUGGGGAGGGUCGUUGGUGGCGAAAUUUACUAUUGUGGCGGCGACUGUUCUACCUGAGGGUGUUGAACAUAUGGAAGAUGUACAGUUAACGGGUGGUAAUGCGGGAAGAUUGGGCAGAGUAGAAACUAGAAAGAGGACGAGGAGUGAAAUAGAAGAUUGGGUUAAUGAUGAGAUGGAAGAUGUUAUUUAUACGAAUCCUGAGGAGUGGCAGUCUGCGGCAAAUUUCAGAAAAUAUAAGAAGAUGAAGCUUUUGAUUCAAAACCCGGGUAAGACGCCUCCUGAAUAA